CCCUGAGUUUAAGAUACGAAAUAAAAAAAUAAAAAAUACAAAUAGAGAAGGACUACUUUGAAAUCCUCAUGUCAGAAAUAAAUAAUUUAAAUUCUUGGUCAGUUAAAGAGUUGCAAACAGAAUUAAAACGAAGAAACCUAUCAAGUUAUGGUUUAAAAGCUGUUUUGAUUGACCGUUUAAAAGGAGAUCUGCUUAAUGAUCCAGAAUUAAAGAAAGCAACAAAGAGAACAAAAGGUUUACAAAUGUCAACAGAAAAUGGUGGAUCAAAUGGUCUACUUAAACAACAAUUUAGUCAUGAAGAAUUAAAGGAGCUACGCCACUCUGAGCGAGAAGAACGCCAUAAAAUUGUACUUUGGCGUAAACCAUUGAUAACUAUCCACUACUUUAUCCUUGAAUUAUUUGAACUACUGGAAAAAGAAAAAAAAAAUGUUUUAAAACACAAGAAAACUUGUUCAUCUAUCACUUUGAUAACGUUGGUAAUUUCUAUUGCUUAUCUCUUGGAAGGUCCUCAUCAAAUCUACAUAAAUGCAUUUAAAAGUGAUAUCUUAUGGUGUGCGUAUUGGAUAGGUCUUGGAGUACUUUCAUCGGUUGGGCUUGGUACAGGCCUGCACACAUUCAUAUUAUACUUGGGACCUCACAUUGCAAAAGUGACUCUUGCUGCUUGGGAAUGCAAUUCAUUAAAUUUUCCUGAACCUCCCUACCCUAAUGAAAUUAUCUGUCCAAGUAGUGAAGAUGCAUCAAGUGUUGUAAAUAUUUUAACCAUUAUGAGUAAAGUUCGUUUAGAAGCAGUCAUGUGGGGUGCAGGGACAGCAAUAGGAGAAUUGCCACCAUAUUUUAUGGCUCGAGCCGCACGUUUGUCUGGCGAAGAAGAUCCUGAUAAUGAAGAACUUGAAGAAUUAGAAGAAUUAAUCAGCUCUGAUAGCACCGAUAUGUUCACACGGGCUAAGAAAGCUGUUCCUAAAAUUGUUGAGAGAGUUGGCUUCUUUGGUAUCUUACUUUUUGCAUCCAUUCCAAAUCCGUUAUUUGAUUUGGCUGGUAUCACGUGCGGACAUUGUCUAGUUCCAUUCUGGACAUUCUUUGGAGCCACUUUGAUUGGCAAAGCGAUAAUAAAAAUGCACAUCCAGCAAACCUUUGUAAUCCUCUGUUUCAGUAAAGCUUACGUUGAAGCGGUUCUUAAACUUCUUGGCGAUAUACCAUAUGUCGGUUCUUAUAUUCAAGCUCCUUUCCAAAAGGCUGUUCAAACACAAAUAAAUAAAUUACACCAAGUCGGAGGUGCAGAGGCCGCCCAGGGAACAAAUAUUCUUGGUUUCAUUUUCGAAAAACUCGUAACCGGCAUGAUUAUAUAUUUUCUCGUUUCUAUCGUAAACUCAAUGGCGCAAUCUUACGCGAAAAAGAUCGACGAACUAAAAAGAAAUCUCCACAUUCCAAACAAACCUGAGAAGAAAGAGUGACCAUUGAAAAGAUGAAAUUUUAUUUUUAAUAAAAACAGCCUAGAAUUGAUUUUUGAAAACAAAUAUUUAUCCUGACACCUA